AUGCUCCGGCACCGCCUUCUCUCUUCUCUCCGGACCCGCGGUGGAGCCGCCGCCGGUCAGAGUCGUUGGACCAGUCCUGGCCACGAGGAUCGGCCGAAGGGCUAUCUUUUCAAUCGGACGCCGCCUCCACCAGGUCAGUCCCGUAAAUGGGAGGAUUGGGAGCUUCCUUGUUAUGUUACUAGUUUUCUUACUAUUGUGAUUCUUGGCGUUGGCCUCAACGCCAAGCCUGAUCUCACAAUUGAGACUUGGGCUCACCAGAAGGCCCUCGAGCGCCUCGAGAUGGAGAACCUAGGUAUCUCUGGCUCUGUAUCAUCUGAAUCUGAUUGA